CUUUACCUCAGCUGGAUGUGAGAUUUGUGUGAGAUUUCUGCUCGAGUCAUCGCGUGCAGCGCAGAAGUUUUAAACUGAAUUAUUACUCAGUUAUUUUAUUACUCAAUAAGCGUAUUACUACAUUAUUUUGAGCAUGGGCCAGAAGAAAACUCUUCGCUCUCAGGCCAGGAAAGAUUCUCCGACGGUAAAUACACCCGUAAAGAGCGAUAAGAAGGCCAAAGGGAACUCUAUCUUCAGUUGGCUGUUUGUGGUGGCUAUGCUGGGUGUUUGGUUAUCUGUAGGAGUCGUCUGGUUUGACUUGGUUGAUUAUGACAAUGUUGUUGGCACUCUUGGAGGACUGUAUGAUGCCGAUGGUGAUGGAGACUUUGAUGUUGAAGAUGCCAAAGUUUUGUUGGAGAAUGCUACAGCGGUCACUAAAGAGAAACCCUCAAGAAAAGAUAUAUCAGCAGUGGAAGCCAGUGUCAAAGCAGUCCAGUCCAAGCUCACUCAUGAGAGAGCAAAAGAAGUUGGGCCAGAGAUGGAACGAGAGCAUCCCACCAGAGAUAUUGGGCGAAAGCUGAAAGCGGCUCUGAAGGAGCAACUACGAAUGAUUCACGAGAAGAUCGAAGCCAAAAAGAUCGCCAAACUAGCCCUUGCUGAGGUCCGUAUUGUUUUGGCCAAAGAGGAGGAGGAGAAACAAGCUGCUCUCGCUGCUAAAAAAACUAAAGAGGAGGCUGUAGUUAAACUCCGAGAGGAACGGGAGCGGAUAGAACAGGAGAGGCUGAGGGAAGAGAAAGCGGAACAAGAGAGACUCCGUAAAGAGAGAUUGGCCAAAGAAAAAACAGAAAAAGAGAGGGCAGAGAAAGAGAGACUGGAAAAAGGGAGAUUAGCCAAAGAAAAGGCAGAAAAGAGGAGAUUAGAGAAAGAAAAUGCAGAGAAAGAAAGACAAGCCAAAGAAAAAGCAGAGAAAGAAAGACUAGCCAAAGAAAAAGCUGAGAAAGAGCAACUAGCCAAAGAAAAAGCUGAGAAAGAGCAACUAGCCAAAGAAAAGGCAGAGAAAGAAAGACUAGCCAAAGAAAAAACAGAGAAAGAAAGACUAGCCAAAGAAAAAGCAGAGAAAGAGAGACUAGCCAAAGAAAAGGAAGAGAAAGAGAGACUAGCCAAAGAAAAGGAAGAGAAAGAGAGACUAGCCAAAGAAAAGGAAGAGAAAGAGAGACUAGCCAAAGAGAAAGCAGAGAAAGAGAGACUAGCCAAAGAAAAGGCAGAGAAAGAGAGACUAGCCAAAGAAAAGGCAGAGAAAGAAAGACUAGCCAAAGAGAAAGCAGAGAAAGAGAGACUAGCCAAAGAAAAGGCAGAGAAAGAAAGUCUAGCCAAAGAAAAAGCAGAGAAAGAGAGACUAGCCAAAGAAAAGGAAGAGAAAGAGAGACUAGCCAAAGAAAAGGAAGAGAAAGAAAGACUAGCCAAAGAAAAGGCAGAAAAAGAAAGACUAGCCAAAGAAAAGGAAGAGAAAGUAAGACUAGCCAAAGAAAAGGCAGAAAAAGAAAGACUAGCCAAAGAAAAGGAAGAGAAAGAAAGACUAGCCAAAGAAAAGGCAGAAAAAGAAAGACUAGCCAAAGAAAAGGAAGAGAAAGAAAGACUAGCCAAAGAAAAGGCAGAAAAAGAAAGACUAGCCAAAGAAAAGGAAGAGAAAGAAAGACUAGCCAAAGAAAAGGCAGAAAAAGAAAGACUAGCCAAAGAAAAGGCAGAAAAAGAAAGACUAGCCAAAGAAAAGGCAGAGAAAGAAAGACAAGCCAAAGAAAAAGCUGAGAAAGAAAGACUAGCCAAAGAAAAGGCAGAAAAAGAAAGACUAGCCAAAGAAAAGGCAGAAAAAGAAAGACAAGCCAAAGAAAAAGCUGAGAAAGAAAGUCUAGCCAAAGAAAAGGCAGAAAAAGAAAGACUAGCCAAAGAAAAGGCAGAAAAAGAAAGACUAGCCAAAGAAAAGGCAGAAAAAGAAAGACAAGCCAAAGAAAAAGCUGAGAAAGAAAGACUAGCCAAAGAAAAAGCCGAGAAAGAGCAACUAGCCAAAGAAAAGGCAGAAAAAGAAAGACUAGCCAAAGAAAAGGAAGAGAAAGAAAGACUAGCCAGAGAAAAGGAAGAGAAAGAGAGACUAGCCAAAGAAAAGGAAGAGAAAGAGCAACUAGCCAAAGAAAAGGCAGAAAAAGAAAGACUAGCCAAAGAAAAGGAAGAGAAAGAAAGACUAGCCAGAGAAAAGGAAGAGAAAGAGCAACUAGCCAAAGAAAAGGCAGAAAAAGAAAGACUAGCCAAAGAAAAGGAAGAGAAAGAAAGACUAGCCAGAGAAAAGGAAGAGAAAGAGCAACUAGCCAAAGAAAAGGCAGAGAAAGAAAGACAAGCCAAAGAAAAAGCAGAGAAAGAGAGACUAGCCAAAGAAAAGGCAGAAAAAGAAAGACUAGCCAAAGAAAAGGAAGAGAAAGAAAGACAAGCCAAAGAAAAGUCAGAAAAAGAAAAAGCAGAAAAAGAGAGACUGGAGAAAGGGAGACUAGCCAAAGAAAAAGCACAAAAGGAGGGAUUGGAGAAAGAAAAUACAGAAAAAGAGAGAUUAGAAAAAGAGAGUUUGGAGAAAGAAAAAGUAAAGGAAAAGGAUGAAAAAGACAAAGAGAAGACAACAAAAUACAAGACAGCUAAUGAACAUGGACGAACAUCUGACCAAUCAGAAAACGAGAAGGACACAGCUGAUGAAAAGAUAUCUACCCGCGGUCUUCUGAAAUCCUCCAAUAAGAGAAACAGAAAGUGAUGAUGUGUGAAAUGAUAUCACCGCUGGUGAUUUGAAAGGCAGUGAUUUACACCCUUUUGAGGAUUAAAACACUAAACUUAUGUGACAGUGUAGCAGUAAUAAGUUACAGGACACGCGCUCAACUGUGUGUGUUUGUGUUGUUGUGUUUUACACACACAGCGUUACAGAUGAGUUAACUCAGGCUAAAGUUUAGAUGUGCUCAGCUAAACUCCUCCUCAAGUGGGAAGAUGAUUUAAAAAAUCUUAAACCGAUCUAUUGAUUCAAUUAAUAUUUCAUUGAUUCGUGCCUGUCCAAAAGUCUAGCCUUUUGUUGUCUUGUUCUUCUUUUAGAGUAAUUUAUAUUAAUUAUUUUUUUAAUUAUUUAUUGAAGUUUGAUGCUGUUGUCAUUAUUAUUUUUGCCGGAUAAAUACUGCUGUAAUCACAGUAUAACAUUUUCUGCCAUCAUCUUCUUUAGUCUGGGUAAGGGUGUGUUCACAUUUUUCGUGUCGUAUAUUGUUAUCACUUCCCGUUUAAGUUUGUUUGAAAGUGGACCGAGACCCAUCUUUUCAGCGGUGCACACCAUGGUUCAGGUGGCAGCGUUCACAUUUACACAAAUAAAACACACUUACAGAGCAAUCACACCAUAGUUUCCAAACGAACCAAACAUGGCGUAUGUGAAUACACCCUUAAUGUAGAGAGCUUUUUCUUUUGUCAUUUGCAGUAUGGUAGUUAAAUACUUUAGCUUGUAGAUUGACUUUGUUCAGAUAAGCAGCAAAAUUCCUUUUUAUGGAAAUCUGUUCGAUUGUAAUCUGAAAAAAGCAUGAAAUUUAGUUACAACGUUACAUUUUUCUAAAUCAAAGCUUGCACCUCACAAGUUCAGCAUUUAGACAGAAAAAAUAUAUAUAUUUCUGUCGUCUUUGUUGCGGCUUUGUACAUCGUACUGAUUACAUAUAGCAUCUUAUAUAGAUGUUAUGUAGAUGCAGAUGUUAACCAGGCUUUUAAUUUUAGGAAAGUCAAAAUGAAGUGGUAUUAACAUAAUUCAAGGUGAAAUGUGUUUUAUUUAUUACUAUGAAACAGGUCUGAAGAAGUUACAAAUUAUAUAUUUGGUGACAAAUAAGCAAUUCAUACGGUGCUGUAAUUAGGUACUUUUCUUUUCAGCUGUUCAUCAUUUUAAUCUUUAAUCUUAAACGUUUUUUCUCUUUUUCUUUUUCUUUUCUUUUUCUUUCGUGGUGACGUUAACUUUAAAGGUGCAAAUAUUUGAAUCUCAAUUGGUCUGUUCUUAGUUUUUGUCUGUUUCGAUUUUAAGAUCUCAUGCAAAAGUGUUGUUGGUUUAUUUGAACGAGGUGAUUGGCAUUUUGUUGUACAUGUAAACACACUCAACACCUUUUUUUUUCAGUGUGACAGGGCUUUUAUAUUAUUUUACGUUGGGUAUUUAUUAUGAAGUGUACUGAAACCUUUAUCCCGUCAGUAGUUCUUUUGGUAAAAUUAUAAAAAAUUGACCUACAGGUAUAUGCUUGUUACUGUAUGACUAAUGGAUUAAUGGUUGUGUGUAAUGUUUAAAGGGUGUCAUUGCAAAAUUGAUGAAUAUACUAAGCUGUUAAAACAGCACAAGUGGACAUGUCGGACUGUCCAAACACACACAACAGUGUUCGAGUAGUAUCAGAAAGCGCACUGCGUUCAGCCUUUUAUUUAUUUUGAGUCUGCAAAUGAACAUGAUUCAGUAGACAUUAAAGACAAGAUUAAAUGCAUCACCUUUAAUACAUUCUUUGAAAAAGUCUAGCAAGAAUGUUUAAUGAAAAUAAACUGUGAGAUGUUUAUGAGUUAACUGUAGCUAGUUGUUUCAAAUAAAUGGGAAAAUUCUUUUUAAAAAUAUGUAUUUGGUCUGUUUGAUACAUGGCCUGAUUUACUCUUCUGUGUAGGGAUGUGCACGAGUACUCGAUUAAUCGAUUACUCGAACGCAUCAGCAGGAUCGAGCAUGAAAAUGAUGAUCGAUUGGCUCUAUUUUUUUUUUUUUUACUAUCAUUAUUUCUGAUUGGUUAUGCUGGUAUUUGGGCGGUAGUCUGAUAUUUGAUUGGUUAUGGCUGCGAGAAGUUGUGGUCUAGAGACAAGACCGGAGCACACAGCGAAAAUGGCGUCUAAAGCGCGCAGCAAUGUCUGGCAACACUUUGAAAAACUUGACGAAAAAGCAGUCAAGUGUAAGAUGUGCAGCGCCACGCUGGUCUACAACUCCACAACGAGUUCAAUGCGUUACCAUCUUGCACAUAAACACAAAAAAGCAGAUGAUGCCGAUGCCACUACCAGCAGUCAAACGAGCAUAAGAGAUUUCACCAUCAGACAGAAAUGCGACAAAGACAGGUCGGAGAAAAUGACGCAGCUAAUAGCAGAAAUGACAGCAGAAGACUUGCUGCCUAUUAGUUUUGUUGAAGGUGAAGGUUUUAAACGUUUAAUGAAUUACGUUGAGCCCCACUAUACUGUCCCAUCGCGCAAAACGGUCACUGCAAGGAUUGAUGCUCUAUAUGAAAAAUGCGCUUGUUCACUAAAAGACAGUCUGUCGAAGCCAGCGCGGGUGGCUAUAACUACGGACUCGUGGACCUCGCUAACCGCUGAAUCGUAUAUGACGCUAACCUGUUAUUACAUAAAUGAAUGGAAAAUUCACAAUGCAGUAUUAGAGACGCGAGGUUUUGAGGAAAGACACACAGCUGUGAACAUUGCCAACUACCUAAAAGAUGCAACAGUUAAGCUCUGAAAAAGUAAUGGCAUGUGUGCACGACAACGCUGCUAACAUGAUUCUGGAAUUAUAAAAUUAUCCAUGGCUUCUAAUUUUCGUUAGGCUAUGGGCUACUUAACAGUCGUUUGGUGAAGUUGUAUUAAACUUUAUUUUUGCGAACCUUUUACAAAAAACUUUUUUGAUCCACAGCCGUUGUGAUGCUGCUGAAGUAAAAUAUUGUUUUGUUAAAAAUAACAGUUGAAUAAAAUAACUGAAAAGCAUAUCAUGUGUGUUUUAUUUGUUUUACACAUGCAUAGAAAAAGGUAGUUAGACAAAUAAUUAGACAGACAUAUUGAUGGGAUAAUACUGUAAAAUAAGAUUUUUUUUUUUUGCUGGGCUUCAGUCACCAUUGUUUUAAAGCGCCCUGUAACGGGAGAAGCGCAUCCACUACUUUCUGGUUGGCAUUUAGUUCAAGCUCACAUGCAUUUUGUGUAGAUAAAUACAAUUUGUAAUAUAACAUUUACAUAUUGUGUAUCUAGGCUAUGUGAUAAAUUUUAUAUACAAUGCGUCAUGAAGAAAAAGCGCUUCAGCUUCACCUCACGCUGUUAUUUCUUUUAAAUGUUUACUGUGUUAACCACUAUUGAUGGUGAUGUUUAAUAAUCUGUGUUAAUUUAAUUAUUUUUUUAAUCCUGUCAUGUUUUAUUGUUUUAUCAACAACAUUUUUAACAAGGCUUUAAUUAAAAUAUUUAAUUGUCGCUAAGAGGCCCCUUGCUUAAGCUCCACCCCCGAUUAAUCGAGUACUCGUUUCUCAAACCUGUGGAUUACUCGAAAUGAAAUAUGAUCAGAAAUGCCCAUCCCUACUUCUGUGCGUGUAUUAUUACUUAUUAUUACUUCUUUGAUGUAUCUACAUUUUGAGAUUCUGCAUCUGAAAAUCCUGCUAAUUUUAUCAUAAGUUUUUCAAGGGCUGUCAAAAUCGCAUCCAGAAUAAAAGUUUGUGUUUACAUAAUAUAUGUCAGUGCACUCUGCAUAUUAAUUAACAAACACACACACACAUAGAUAAAUAUAUAAACAUAUUAAUAUAUACAUGUGUGUAUAUAGAGAAAAUACAUAUAUUUAAAUUAGUGAUGCGCCGAUAUGUAAAUUUUGACUGACAUCGAUAACCGAUGAUUCUUUAACGUUGGAAGCCGAUAACCGAUAUACAGCAUCUAAAUAUUAAUAUAAAAAUCCCUAAGGCUGAAACAAAAGGCAAAACGUGGACUACUGCUUUUACUUGUAAAAACAAAUUAUAGAUGUUCUUCCGUAGCAACUUAGAAAAAGGUUCUUAUAGCCACAUGUCUAACAGGUCUCAAGAAAGCAUUCAGACAGCAGUCUGAUUCAAACCAUAUGCUUUAGUACCUAUAAUUUACACAUUCAUAAAUAUCUACAUACUCUACCUACAUCAACAAUGUUUUGCUAAUAGCAGUAAGUGAAUGAUCACCUUGAAAGAUAGUACUGUAAUGUAUUUUAUCUGUGAGCAGUGUGCAGCUGAAGAAGUUUAACAAGAUGUAAUGAUUUAUGAUUUAUUGGCUAUAAUAUAUCGGCCUAAAUUUUAUUAUCGGCUAAUACCGAUAACAUAAAAAACGCGAUCUAUCCACCGAUACCGAUAUGGUCGAUAAUUUAUCGUGCAUCCCUAAU